AUGAUGACAUCCAAAGAGGUGGCCAAAUGUGAUGCAGUGGAGAACAGGAGGCGAAGUCCGCUGGACCACUUGCCGCCUCCUGCCAACUCCAACAAGCCGCUCACCCCCUUCAGCAUCGAGGACAUCCUGAACAAGCCGUCCGUGAAGCGCAGCUACACGAUCUGCGGCACGGCGCACCUCAUCUCGUCCUCCGAGAAGCACCGUCCGUCCAGCAUCCCCCUGUCCAGCCGCGCUCUGCUCAACCAGACCUCCCCGCUCUCCGCGCUGGAGGAGCUGGCCAGCAAGACCUUCAAGGGGCUGGAAGUCAGCGUGCUGCAGGCGGCGGAAGGCCGGGACGGGAUGACUCUGUUCGGCCAGAGGACCACCCCGAAGAAGCGUCGGAAGUCCCGGACGGCGUUCACCAAUCACCAGAUCUACGAGCUGGAGAAGCGCUUCCUGUACCAGAAGUACCUGUCCCCAGCCGACCGGGACCAGAUCGCGCAGCAGCUCGGCCUGACAAACGCGCAGGUCAUCACGUGGUUUCAGAACCGCAGAGCCAAGCUAAAACGGGACCUGGAAGAGAUGAAGGCCGACGUGGAGUCGGCCAAGGCCGUAGGCCAGGUCCCCUUGGAAAAGCUCGCCAAGCUGGCGGACCUGGAGAAAUGCGCCAACGGCACGCUGGGCCACCCGCGCCCCGCGUCCCCGGCGCGGGGAGGCAAGCGGGACCACGGGCUCGCCCAGAAACUGCGGACGUCGCCGCUGUCUCCGUUCUCAGACCACACAACGAGUAAAGAGUGCUCAGAGGACGAGGACGUGGAGAUUGAUGUGGAUGACUGA